AUGUCCUGGCUUAAGUUACACAACCCUACUAUAGACUGGCCUAAUAAGCGUAUCACUUUUAAUUCUCAAUAUUGUAACAACUCUUGUCUUUCUUUUUCUAAUUCUAUCCUGGGAAAUGUCGGUGGGACUUCCAACCACCUUGAAGGCAUACCAGAAGACUUAGGAGGUGUCGAGGUAAUUGAACCUCUUGAAGGCAUCCCUAGGGAAACUGGAGGUACUGUGGAUUCUCCACUUGAAAGUAUCCCAGUAGAACUGCGCAAUUUUGCGGAGGUGUUCUCUGAGGACAUGAAGGUGACGGAACUGCCGCCGCACCGUCCUUUUGAUUUAGGGAUUGAUUUAAUCGAUCCUGAUAAACCUGUUAAGGCUAUGGUAUACCCCUUGAAGGCAUCUGAUGAUGAGGAACUUAGAAAACUUCUUAAAGAACAAUUGGACAAAGGAUUGAUUUGCCCAUCCAAAUCCAAAUAUGGUUCCCCAGUUCACUUUGUCAACAAGAAAAAUGGGAAAAGGCGUAUGGUUUCUCUCAUUGAGAAACUAAGGGGCGCAAAAUACUUUUCCACCAUUGACCUGAAAUCUGGAUACAACUUGGUCCGGAUAAAGGAAGGUGAUGAAUGGAAGACUGCAUUUAAAACCAAAUACGGCCUGUUUGAAUACCUAGUCAUGCCUUUUGGGUUAUGCAAUGCUCCUGCUGCAUUUCAGCACUUCAUGAAUGAGAUAUUUAGGGACAUAUUGGACGUCUAUGUAGUAGUAUAUCUAGACGACAUCCUAAUAUUCUCAGAAAGCAGGGAAUUACACACAAAACAUCUCCAAGAGGUACUGAAAAGGCUGCAAGACAAUGCAUGCUAUUGUAACCUGGAAAAGUGUAAUUUCUAUGCGUCUGAAGUAGACUACCUUGGUGUCAUUGCCAAUGGUGAAGGAGUAAAAGCAGAUCCCAAGAAAAUCACUCAAGCGGUUGAUUGGGCAACACCGCGCUCUGUCAAAGGGGUUCAAGAGUUUUUGGGCUUUAUAAAUUUCUAUAGACGCUUCAUACACAACUUCUCAAAAUUGGCACAACCCUUAUACCAAUUACUCCAAAAGAAUAUACCUUGGGAGUGGGGUGAACGCCAAGAAGUGUCUUUUAAAGCUCUCAAACAAGCUCUAAUUGAAUCCCCUGUUUUAAUCCAACCUGAUCCAUACAAGGAGUUUUUCCUUGAGUGUGAUGCCUCUGAUUUUGCAACGGGCGCUGUCCUUAAUCAAAAGGGCAGUGAUGAUAAAUUACACCCGGUUGCAUUCCUAUCAAAAUCCCUAGCACCUGCUGAAAGAAACUAUGAUAUCUUUGAUAAAGAGUUACUAGCGGUAGUAAGGGCUUUAAAGGAAUGGCGUCACCUGCUGGAAGGAACAGUAAUCCCUGUCAAAAUACUAACAGACCAUAAAAAUUUGGAGUAUUUCCAGACAAAAAGGGAUCUGAACCAAAGGCAGUUAAGGUGGAUGGGAUUUUUGGCAGAUUACAACUAUAGGAUUGUGUAUAGGCCGGGCGCACAGAAUAGAAAAGCAGAUAUUCUCUCUCGCCGUGAAGACCACAAGUCUGCGGUCAAAGGGGGGGGUGAAACCCCUGUGCUCAUAAGCCCAGAGCUUUUUAUUGCAGCUAUUCAAACAGAUAGUGACCUUAAUGACUUAAUAAGGGACGCUCUGCAUGAUGAUAAAGCUGUACACAAAAUCCUUAAAUCCUUGGAAGAGGAUAUACCUGUUAAAGGAUGGAAGAUUGAUAAUGGCCUACUGUACUAUCAUGAUCGGAUCUAUGUCCCCAAUGAGCCAGAAAUCAGGAAAGCCAUCUUAGAAAGCAGGCACGAUAACCCUUCCACUGGGCAUCCAGGACAGUUCAGAACCCUAGACCUCCUCUCAAGGGAUUACUAUUGGUCAGGGAUGAAACAGUCUGUAACAAAAUAUGUCCAAGCAUGCGACUCAUGCAUACGUAGCAAACACUCCAACCGGGCUCCUGAAGGUCUCCUUCAAAACAUAGAUUUACCCAAUAAGCCCUGGGAGGAAAUAACGUAUGACUUGAUUGUAGGACUCCCCACCUCAGAAGGAUAUGAUGCAAUAUUAACAGUAGUGGACCGAUUAUCCAAAAUGGUUCAUUUUAUACCAACGCACUCUGAUGCUACUGCUGUUGAUGUCGCAAACCUCUUUGUAUCCUUUGUGUGGAAGUUACAUGGGUUACCCAGGAAAACCAUUUCGGACCGAGGCCCCCAAUUUAAUGCAAAAUUCUUGAGACAAGUCUACAAGCGGUUGGGGAUAGAACCACAUUUCUCCACUGCAUACAGACCACAAGUUGAUGGACAAAGUGAACGCCUGAACCAGUUUGUGGAAAUUUACCUACGCCACUACAUCAAUUAUAGACAAACAGACUGGGUUGCGUCACUACCACUUGCAGAAUUUGCGUACAAUAAUGGGAAACACUCAGGCUCCAAACACUCUCCCUUCUACAUGUGCUAUGGUUAUAAUCCAGACUUCACAGUUGGAAACACCAAGGAAAGCCAUGUCCCCCAAGCCGACGACCUAGCAGACUUCCUGAAAGAAAUCCAAACUGAAGCAAAAGCUGCUUUAGAAAUUGCUGCAAGACAAAAUGCGCAAUACUAUGAUCUAAACAGAAGGGAAGCAACCAAGCUGGAAGUUGGCGAUAAAGUCUAUUUGAGUAGCGCCAACAUCAAAACUUCAAGGCCUUCCCAUAAGCUAGAGCAUAAGCGAUUGGGGCCCUAUAAGGUCUUGGAGAAAAUUGGCAGGAACUCCUAUAAACUGGAUCUCCCUAAAUCCAUGAAGGUCCAUCCUGUCUUCAACAUUGCCCUUUUACACAAAAAACCAGUAGAUGAAUAUGACCGUGAUCCAGUACCACUCCCCCCAGUUGUCACAGCUGAUGGAGAAGAGGAAUAUACUGUUGAAAGGAUCCUAGACUCCAAGAAAGUGGGUCGACAAGUCAAAUACUUGGUUAAAUGGAAAGGGUAUGGACCAGAGGAUAACACAUGGGAACCCAAGGCCCACUUAGUCAAUGCCCCUGAAAAAUUGGCUAAGUUUCACCGUGAACAUCCAGAGGCAGCUGGACCUUAA